AAAGAACCCCCAAACCACAUUUUGGAGCAAGCAAGGGCGGCAAAACAAGAAAACACACACACUCUCUCUCUCCCCCCCCUCUGCUCUCUACACACAUUCAAUUUCUCUCUCUUCAGUCCCUCAGAUGUCUUCAUCUUCGAGGCUUCGAUCUUCUAUUUCUCCGUUCCGAUCGAGGAAGUCGCCGGCGCCGGUACCCCCUCCGGCGACGAAGUCCUCCGCUACUCGACCGUCGCCGUCAUCGUCUUCGUCUAGGUCAUCUUCGAGACCUCCGCCGAGUCCGUCAACGCCGCCGGUGUUCGACCGUCCGGAUUCCAACAAAUCGAAAGAGAGCGUCACCGUUACGGUGAGGUUUAGGCCGCUGAGUUCUCGAGAAAUUGGAAAAGGCGAUGAGAUUGCGUGGUUUGCUGAUGGAGAUUAUACGGUUCGGAACGAGUAUAAUUCGUCUAUUGCUUAUGGAUUUGACAGAGUUUUUGGUCCCGCAACAACUACUCGACAUGUUUAUGAUAUAGCCGCUCAGCAUGUUGUGAGUGGGUCCAUGGAAGGAAUUAAUGGCACUGUAUUUGCUUAUGGUGUAACUAGCAGCGGGAAGACACAUACAAUGCAUGGCGAACAAAAGUCACCUGGGAUCAUCCCCUUGGCAGUGAAGGAUGUCUUUAGCAUAAUACAAGAGACACCAGGGCGGGAAUAUCUUCUUCGUGUUUCAUACCUGGAAAUAUACAACGAGGUUAUCAAUGACCUGCUUGAUCCCAUUGGACAGAAUCUAAAGAUAAGAGAGGAUUCUCAGGGAACAUAUGUCGAAGGAAUCAAAGAGGAAGUUGUUUUAUCUCCUGCUCAUGCUCUGUCACUAAUCGCAUCCGGUGAAGCACACAGGCAUGUGGGAUCUAAUAAUUUCAACCUGCUAAGCAGUCGGAGCCACACAAUAUUCACCUUGACUAUUGAAAGCAGUCCAUGUGGGGAAGAUCAGGGGGAGGAAGUGACCCUAUCACAGCUGCAUUUGAUCGACCUGGCAGGAUCUGAAAGUUCUAAAACAGAGACAACUGGACUAAGGAGAAAAGAAGGAUCAUACAUAAAUAAAAGCUUGCUAACUCUUGGCACCGUGAUAUCUAAGUUAACUGAUGGGAAGGCUACUCAUAUCCCAUAUCGAGAUUCAAAACUCACACGUUUGCUGCAGUCAUCUCUUAGUGGCCAUGGACGAGUUUCUCUUAUUUGCACAGUCACCCCUGCCUCUACCAACACUGAAGAAACACACAAUACACUGAAGUUUGCACAUCGUAGCAAGCAUGUAGAACUUAAAGCUUCCCAGAAUAAGAUUAUGGAUGAGAAAUCUCUCAUUAAAAAAUACCAGAAGGAAAUUUCAAUCUUAAAACAAGAGCUGCAGCAAUUAAAGCUUGGCAUGAUGGAGAAUCCAUUAGUAGUGGCACCUAACCAAGAAGAUUUGGUUAACUUAAAGCUUCAGUUAGAGGCUGGGCAGGUUAAGCUUCAGUCCAGACUGGAAGAAGAAGAAGAAGCCAAAGCAGCUUUAAUGGGAAGGAUUCAAAGACUGACUAAAUUAAUCCUGGUAUCCACAAAAAGUACACUGCCAUCCAGUGUUCCUGGAAAGUUGGGCCACAGACGGCGACAUUCUUUUGGUGAAGAUGAGUUAGCCUAUUUGCCAGACAGAAAACGUGAACUGAUGCUUGACGAUGAUGCUGGAAGCAUUAAUUCAGAAACUUCAGCAUAUGGAAGGAGCGAGGUUACCGAUCUUGAUGAACUGAUGAAAGAUUACAGAAAGAGCACGAGGAAAGGAAUGCUUGGCUGGUUUAAACUCAAAAAACCAGAUAAUAUGGUUAGGUCAUCUCCUAGUACGGAUUGUGAGAGCUCGGCAAGUGGUUCACCUGCGUCCUCAGCAAGAUCAUCCCAAAAUAGAGUGACGUUCAGUGAUACGAGGGAAGGACAAAGAAAAUCAAUUAGCAGAAGGCGUGAAGAUUCUUCAGUUACUGAUUCUUUUCCAGCAAGAACCCUGGCAGGCGACCUGUUCAGUGCAACUGCUGGAACUCGGCAUCUACCUCCAACAGGAACAACUAUUACUGAUCAAAUGGAUCUUCUUCGUGAGCAAGUUAAAAUGUUAGCUGGAGAGGUAGCACUAUGUACUAGUUCACUGAAAAGACUUUCAGAAGAAGCAGCAAGAAAUCCUGAUGACUUACAAAACCAGGAAGACAUGCGACGAUUGAAGGAUGAAAUUAGAGAAAAGAAACUUCAAAUACGUACACUGGAGCAACGCAUGAUUGGAUCUGUAGAGAUUGCUCCUUGUACUUCAAAUAUCAAUGAAAUGUCUCAGGCUCUAUCCAAGCUCGCUUCACAACUCAAUGAGAAAACAUUUGAUCUUGAGAUUAAAGCAGCAGACAACAGGAUACUUCAGGAGCAAUUGCAACUAAAGGUAUCAGAGAAUGCUGAGAUGCAAGAAACCAUUCUUUUGCUAAGACGUCAGCUUGAUUCUGCAUUGUCUACUAAAAAUUCAAAGGAUUCACUACAAAAUAUAGACAAUAACAUUAAAACAUCUACCACUGGUUAUGAAUUGUCCCUGGACUUACAAAGUGGAACUAAAAAUGGUGUUCAUGCAUAUGAUGAAAUGUAUGUGGAUCAGAGUACGCCUACAAGUGUUAUGAGCUUGAAUAGGGCUUUUUCUAGGGACUCCAGAGAGUCGAGAAGUGAUGCCUUGAUGAAUUCUCACCAUGAACAGGCUGCUGAGAUCGAGGCACUGAAGCAAGAGCAGAUUAAAAUGCUAGAAGAAAAGGAUGGGCUAGUGAUUCACAGCCAAAAACUUGCCGAAGAAGGUACAUAUGCAAAAGAACUUGCGGCGGCUGCAGCAGUUGAGCUCCGAAACUUGGCUGAAGAAGUGACGAAGCUCUCUUACCAAAAUGCCAAAUUGACUGCUGACCUUACUGCUGCAAAAGAGUUUAACAGUAAGUCUAAUUCUGAUCAGGGUGCUUCCAUAUAUGAUGUGAAGAGAAAUGGAAGCAUUGGCAGGCGACCAGAUGAACGACUGAAAAAACAUGAAGAAGGAAUACUGGUGGAGGAACUGGGGCAAGAGCUUAAUGCAAUGUACCAAAGAGAAGCUUCCCUAGUUUCUGCUUUGUCUGAGAGAGAUGAGAAAGAAGCUGAGAUGCGCAGAAGGCUUGAUGAAGCAAAACAACAUGAAGAACAUCUUGAAAAUGAGCUUGCAAAUAUGUGGGUUCUUGUUGCAAAUUUACGCAAGUCAGGAAAUCAUUCUGGGGAAAUUUUAUCUGAAGGGGUUUAUGCAUCAAAAAAAUUGCAAACAAGAGACGGAAAUGUAUAUAUUUCUAAUGGUCACCCGAUGAAAUUACUGAAUGGGAGUGGGACCGAUGUAGACAUGGAGGAGAUAAGAACAUCUGAAGAAUUACAAGAGAAGUACAUUAGAGAAAGGCGAAGAUGUAAGGAAUUGGAGGGUUUAAUCUCAAGACUAAAGGGUGAGGAUGUUCUGGGCCUGGACAUGGCUACUCUAGAAGAGCUCCAAAACCUUCAUGUUGAGGCCAUAACAAAAAUCUGUCAUGCAAAGUGUUCAAAUAAUUUUGUAUAGCAUUCUGGCGUGAAGUUUCUGAAGAAUUUUAGGUACUUUGGCAAAUCAUUUUUAUGUACAGUUAUGCAAAGAAGAGCAACUUGAUCGACUAUUUAAGAGCCGAGCUCCUAGUUCUGGUGAUGCGAGUAUUGGUUUUGUGCAACAAAGAGUUGCAGUCACUAGCUAACCGUGAGGUCAUAGAUAUAACGCCAUUGUUGUAACAAAUUAUGUUGGGAUCCAGGAUCCCCCAUGUACAGUUUCUAUUAUGUAAGAUUUAGAACGAACAAAAAGCUUCAGAAACCUUAUGAGUAGAGCUUGAUAUGUUAUGCUAAAAUGAAGGUAUUACAGAAAUAAUUGGAGUACAUAAUACUUUAGCUGCUGAGAUGUUCAAUUGUAAUUUUAGA